UGAAAAAGAUAGAACGUCAUAAAAUUCGAAAGCACUCAAAAAAAAGUGAUUUCCAGGUGCUACAAUAAGUUGCUAUUUUGGCAUUUUCUUUUAAUUAUUUAAUUCAAUUGGCGAAAAUUACAUUUUUUGUUUGUUUGCAUUUUGUUUAGGGGGGCUAGAACUGUGCCAUAACAUCCUAGAGGAACAAUUACUAUUAUAUCCGCAGGGUGUGUGGUUUCUUUUUUUUAAGGGACGACUAGAAUUCAUGAAGGGUAAUUUGGAUGAAGCGCAGUAUUGGUACAAAAAAUCAUGGAAAUCACAAAACGUCUGGACACAGUUCCAUCAUCUCAGUUUUUGGGAGUUAUUGUGGGUAAACUGUUUGAAGCUGGACUGGCGGGAGGCGAAAUUGUACGCCAGCUAUUUAGUGGAGCACAGCAAAUGGUCUCGUACGAUUUACUCCUAUCAGCAAGCGGCUGUAAUGCUAAUGAACGAUGAUCUCGACGACAAUGAGCUGGAAACCGUUGAGUCUCUAAUGCAUGAUACACCCAAGUAUAAGCAAAGGAUCGCCGGAAAAUCACUACCUAUGGAGAAAUUCAUUUGUAAGAAGGUGGCGCGAUAUUUUGCGCAAAAUCAUUACCUCUGUCUUCCAGCUGUUGAGCUGAUGUUUGUCUGGAAAGCAUUCAAAGUGCUUAGCAAAAAUUAUCAGCUAGCUGACGGUAUUUUUCGCUUAAUCGAACGCAAAAUGGCACAGUUGGGCCAUAAAAACGGGAGUGAUAUUUAUGCAUAUGAUAAUCAAGCAUUGUGUUUUUUAUUACGUGGCGCUUGCUAUCGACAAAUGAAGCAGCCAUUCCUCGCAUUGCAAGAUCUUGAAGCGUGCAUGAACUUGCAAAGUCAAAUCAAAGAAGACACAUAUUUGAUGGCCUACGCCUGCGUGGAAUCGGGACUGGUGCAUGCAGACGAACAAAAUUAUGAAUUGGCUAUCACCACAAUUGAGGAAGCGAAGAAGAAAUACACUGGCUUUUCGCUGGAGUCACGCUUACAUUUCCGCAUACAUGGUGCGCUUAUGGAAUUUAAGGAAAAACUGAACUUUAAACAUUAAGUUGGAAACUUGAAAUAAACAUAUUUAUGGAGAUUUGGUUAAAAAAUUAAAUACACAUAUUUUAAAUUAUUUUUACUACAACGUACGCGCAAAUGACGAUACACGCGAUUUCCCAAGUUCUACUGGACCUUUUCACCUGAACAUUUUGAGGUUGGUAUUUUUUAUACUCUCGCAACAAAGUUGCUAAAGAGAGUAUUAUAGUUUUGUUGACAUAACGGUGGUUUGUAACACCCAAAACUAAACGAGUUAUAUAUAGGGUUAUGUAUACCAAAGUGAUCAGGAUGAAGAGUGUAGUUCAAAUCCGGAUGUCUGUCUGUCCGUCCGUCUGUGCAAGUUGUAACUUGAGUAAAAAUUAAGAUAUCUUGAUGAAUAUGACUUGGAACACUUGUUUCUUGGCACCAUAGGAAGGUUGCUUUCGAAGAUGAGCAAAAUCGGACUGCCACGCCCACAAAAUGGCGAAAACCGAAAACACAUAAAUGUCAUAAAUAAAGCUAUGGAAAUAAAAUUGGGUCCAAAGGAUUGUUCUAGGAAGGGGCAUAUUUGGAUGUAAUUUUUUUGGGAAAAUGGGCAUGGCACCGCCCCUUUAUAAAUUUUUUGUACAUAUCUCGUAAACUACUAAAGCUAUAUCAACGAAAUUCUCUCCCAUACAAAAGUUAUGUUGAAAACGACUCAAAAUGCUUUAAUUAAGUAAGGGAUAACACCAGAAACCUAAAUUUUAUUUAUAAAGAAUGUACAGAAAAAUUUAAGUGGGUGUGGCUACUACUCGACCAAUAUCAAUGACAUUUGGUUUAUAAUAUUUUCCUUGCAUCCCAAUGAUAUGUUGUGAAAAUAGGCCAAACGCCUACUUCCUAUAUACCAGAACUUUGAAGUCAACGUGAAUAGUAUACUUAACAAUAUGUAAAGUACGCACUAGUGAACAUAUCGGAACAGAACUUUGCAUAAAUACUGCAUU